CUUCCUCUUCUUUCUCUUGCCCUUAUAGUGCUGGAGCGGAAGAUGUCGGCGAGGCAGAGUAGGGAGGAGUUGGUCAGGAGGGGCGUGUUGAAGGAGGUUCCUGAUCCGGCUGGGAGCUCAGAAGUGACCAUUACGAAUGGACACAGCGUGCACACCAUUCCCAUCACGAACCAGCCAACGGAGGGGGGCUCGACGGACACUAGCCUGUCACAGAAAAUGGGAACAUCUGAGCAGUGCCCCCCGGGUAAAGCCGGGUCCCUCCAGGGAGAGACGCAAGCUUCGCCACUCAGUGGACAUCCUGACUGUACCCCAGUCAGUGCUGCUAAAGACAAUGACCUUGACAAGACGAACCCCCUUCCAGUGCUCUCAAAACCCACCAAAAGGAACACCAACGUGGAACAUACGCCUUCCCCGUCAGAGAACCUCUCCUGCUCCACGUCGGCACCCUUGUCCCUGCCCUCACUGCAGCCUGUGCUCAACACUAAAUUUCUCCCGAGCUCCUCCGACAUCCCCGGCACAGGGGACGCUUACACCAAGACUCCGAGACAACUCGAACCCUCAUGCCAACCUUCUCCUGUGCUCCCGAGGCAAAGUGGACCGCUAGCUGACAGCCCUCCACCCUCGGACCUCCUCGACGGCAGUGCCGAGACUGAAAGGCCUGGUCAGGACGAGAGGCGAUCUGACCCCGAGAAGGGGGCAGACACCACAUCUACGGGCAGCACCCUCUGCCCUCGGUACAAUGUGGCCGAUGGGAAAACAGAAGCAUCUGCUGGCCAGAUGGGACUCGAAGAAGAUCUAAAGAGCAGCAGGGCAGAGAAAUCGGGAUGCUGUGACGCAGCAGGGGAGGAAACAGAGGGUGUGAAGGAGAGAGGCCGAGUCCACUUGUCACCCGAGGCGCCGGUGGUCGUGAUUCCUAGCCAGAACGUUCCCGAGCCGUUGGCAAGCGACUCCGAUUCCGACCCAAUGCAGUAUUGGAAUGACUCGGAUGAGGAGGACGAUGAGGAAUCGUUAAACAGUGCGCUAGCCAUCAAGAUCCGGCGGAGGGACACACUCGCCAGCAAACUGCGCCAGCGGCCCAGCAAACAGGAGCUGGAGGAGAAGAACAUUCUGCCCCGCACAUCCAGUGAGGAGUGGACCGAGCUGCGGCAGCAGAUCGGGAACAAGCUUAUCAGGCGUCUGAGCCAGCGACCCUCGCUGGAGGAGUUGGAACAGAGGAACAUCUUGAGAUACCGGAAUGAGGAGGAGGAACAGGAGGAGAGGCUGGAGAUCCGGAGGAGAUUGACACGCAAGCUCAGUCUUCGCCCUACCGUUGCCGAGCUGCAGGCUCGCCGCAUCCUGCGCUUUAACGAGUACGUGGAGGUGACGGAGGCCCAGGAUUACGACCGGCGGGCAGACAAACCCUGGACCCGUCUCACACCUGCUGACAAGGCUGCAAUACGGAAAGAAUUAAAUGAGUUCAAAAGCAGAGAGAUGGAGGUUCAUGAAGAGAGCCGACACUUAACGAGGUUCCACCGGCCAUAAAGCAGCCAGCCGUGAGCUCUGCAAGAGACCCGACCUGAGCGAGUAUCGACAACGGUGCGUUGGUUGAAUCACGGCGAAGGCUACUCGUGACUUGACGUGUGUUCUGUGCACCCUCCCGUGUCAGCGGCUGGUGCUCAACAGCGAGCUGGCCAUGCGCGCUACAACAAAACAAACACACUCACAAAAAAAACGAGAAGUUUUAAUAUCUAAGUAUUUUUUAAAAGAUUCUUUCUCAGUGGAAGCAGGCUAGCUUCUUUUGUUGUGGCUGUCGUGAGAAAGUGGAGAUGUUACUCUAACGGAAGUGAUCCUUGAGAAUGAGGGACCCUUGUGUAACGGCGGAUUCAGAGGUGGAGCUUUACCUAUCAGUGACGGUGGACAGGUUGUCCAGAGUCAGACGUUGUGCGUAUGUGUUGUGUUCUGCCGUGUGGAAAUUAAUAGCUGGUAUUUUGGGAGGGGUGGGGGAGCAUUUCUCCUGCUGUUUAUUAACCGGCUUCAAUUUACGCCCCCUCCUGAAGAACCAAUAGCAGGUGGGAAGGGGGAAUUAUUUUUCAAUGUAACUACAUCAAGUGACUGCUGCCAUCAUUUUAGCGCAGAGAGUGAUGUGAGCUGUGUCCCAGAACAGUAAACCACUCCAGUUGUCCGUGCUGAAUGAGUCUUUAGUAUGAGCUUACCUCCCUCUCUGUAUCUCUUUUUAACCCCUUGCCCCCUUACUCCUCGAACUGUGUUGGUCAUUGACGCAAAAUAACCCUAAGUCAGCCAUGAUGGAAUGGCGGAGCAGAUUCAAUGGGCCGAAAAGUUUCAUUCUGCUCCUGUGUCUUAUGGUCUAAAAUGCCAGCCACAUUAUACUCGUGCAACAUUGGUGUGCAUCAUAAUGCAUCAGAUAUUCUGCUUUCAUUAUCGCCCAGCAGGUUGUUCCAGGAACCCGCGAUACUUUUUUAAAAAUCAAUACGUGCAUUGUGUUUCCAAUGGUGGAAGAGUCUUGGACCAGAGGGCAUCAUCUCAGAAUAGAAUGGAGAUGAGGAGGAAAUUCUUUAGCCAGAGGGUGGUGAAUCUGUGGAAUUUGUUGCCACAGGCACUGUGGAGGCCAAGUCAUUGUGUCUGCUUAAAGUAGAAGUUCGUAGGUUCUUGAUCAGUCAGUGUCAAAGGUUAUGGGGAAGAAGGCAGGAAAAUGGGGUUGAGAGUGAUAGUAUAUCAGCCAUGGUGGAAAGGCAGAACAGACUCAAUGGGCCAAAUGGCCUCAUUCUGCUCCAUGUUUUAUGGUGCUUGUUGCUGCUAAUUUGUUCCAUUGGUUCCAUCUGUGGGAGUUUCAAAUUCAGCUCCCGAUGACCUGAGGCACAGAUGUAAAAUUUUACAAUCUCUCCGCAAUAUGUUCAGUUUAGAGCAGGAGAUAUACGCUGAGCUGGGGUAGUUGGAUGCAUGGAUUUACCAGAGGGAGGGCAGCUUUCUGCAUCCAGGAGGGGGUAGGUGGGGAUCGGUAAGGGGCUCUACAGGUGGGGUCUGUGCCAGUCAGUAAGUGGGUGUUUGGAGAGUCACUUGAGACAGGAAAUGGGCAACUUCGAUUUGCUGUUCUGCAAUAGAGAGAUAUUUUCUUUAGCCAAGCACCCUCCCUCCCACUGGCACUCUCCUAUAAUCAGAGGGUGGGAUUCAAGGGUUCAUGAUCCUUCACCCACCACUCCCCAAUGCUUAGCUCCCACUAAGCCCUGGGGACCACAUACAGAGCAAGGGCCACCCAGCCUCCUGUUAAAUUCACCUCUUUGAGAGUUCAGCCUUGUAAUGGAACAGAACUGUUGCCCUCCCGAGGGGUCCUGCAAUGCCCUUGGGACCAAACAGGCAUGUUAGAAUAGAUUAGCGAGAUUGGCUUUACGUUGUCACAUGUUCAUCGAAACAAGCUGUGAAAUGGAUCGUUUUGCAUCAAUGACCAGCACCGCCUGCAGAUUGUGGUGAGGUCAGCCCUCAACAUGGCAUGCUCACGACUCACUAACCCUGAGCCAGACCUGAGGAGACCCGUGCAGUCACGGUGAGAAUCUACAAGCUCCUUACAAACAGCGGCAGGAAUUGAACCCGGGUCGCUGGCACUGUGCCACUUGUCCUGGUCACAGAAGGCAGAGGUGGUGAGGGAAGAUUUUUUUUUGCAAUGAGAAUCAGCUGGAUCACUCUUUUCCAAUGCUCAUUGAGGGCAAGCCAAGGGGAUUGCAACAGACGGAUGUGGGCUGUCCAAUAAUCAAAAUAUCAAUGGUGCAUUCCCUAGGGAGUGAUUGGACAGGAGAUAGAGAGUUGGGACAUCACGAUUUGCACACUGCUGUUACAGCUUGGGGUAUUCUGGAGUUUGGAGUUCAUUUCUGACGCCAUCUGCUGUGGAGUUUGUACGUUCACACCGUGGACGUGUGGAUUUCCUCUGGGUCCUCCAAUUCCUCCCAUGAUGCAAAGCCACACUGGUUAGUAGGUUAACCGGUCAUUUUAAAUUGUCCUGUGAUUAAAUUGGCGGGUUGCAGGCUGGUGCGGUUCAUUGGGCUGGAAGAGCCUGUUCCACACUGCAUCUCUAAAUAAAAAAUAGAGUGUGCGAAGAGAGGGAAUGCUUUUUAGGGGGGAAUUUCCCAGGAGAAGGUUUUACUUAAACAGUUCUAACAUGCCGCGAGAGUUCAUCUGAAUGUUAGGUCUGAAGCUUGUUCAUGUGGACAGAGAGUGGAGCAAAGAGCUGAAGAUUUUUAUAUACACACCAACUUAUUGUGAAUUUUAAACCCUCCUUUUUAACUGUGACCGAUUCAGAAAGAAGCAGACAGAGUACUGUAUAAACCUGCACCCUGCCACAUGUUGGCAUAUGAUGAUGACAUUCCAAUGUAUUUCCAGAUGCUGAGACAGGAUGUGUAACUAUUGUGUUGCCAGAUGUUUGAAUACAGUUAUGUAUAAUCCAGAUGUUGGCAUGUGAUGGUAUGUCAUCCAGUGUAUUUCCAGACAAGAUGUGUAAUUUGUGGUUGGCAGAUGUUUGUGUGACCCAGAUGAUGGCAAAGAUGUGUGACCAACUGUGUUGCCCAGAUGUUGGCCCGCAGUGCGAGCCAGCGGACUGCUGUGUGCUCACAGCUGCCUCUAUGACCGUGGCCUUCUGCCCCAUUUGCCCACCCUCUGUACAGCCCCCUGACCUUACUCUGUGAACUUCCUUUCCUAUACCACCCACAGAACAGGGUGGAGGAGUGGUUGGGGGUUGGGCUUCCUCCCUGUUUUAUUCAUUGUCCUCCUCCCCUGUCUGGGAGGGGGCUGGGGCCCACAGGAGAGUGGAGGGCAGGGUCAAAGUUCCCUGGCACCCAACACGCCCGAUGGAACAGAGUCCCCUCCCCUUUGGGGGACAGGAUGCAAAAGGCAUAAAGCAUUAACUGGAGAGAGAGAGAGAGAGAGAGAGGACAAGCUUGAGUUAAUCAAUAUGUUUUCCUGACGUGUCUUGUGGGAAUGAUCCUCAUCAUCGCAGUACAGAAGAGUGGCCACCUUAUUAGAUACACCUAUACACCUCGUUAAUUGAAAGACCUGAUCAGCAAAUCAUUUGGCAGCAACAGUGCCUAAAAGCAUGAAGACAUGGUCAAGAUGUUCAGAAUGAGGAAGAAAUGUGAUCUAAGUGACUUUGACCAUGGAAUGACUGUUGGUGGCAGAUGGGGUUUGAGUAUCUCAGAAACUUCCGGGAUUUUCAUGCACAACAUUCCCCAGAGUUCACAGAGAAUGGUGCGAGAAACAAAAAAAGACAUCCAGUGAUCAGCAGUUCUGUUAGUGAGAAUACCUUGUUAAUGAGAGAGGUCAGAGGAGAAUGGCCAGACUGGUUCAAGCUGACAGGAAGGUGACAGUAAAUCAAAUAACCACACAUUACAAAGUGGUGUACAGAAGAGCUUCUCUGAAAGCACAACUUGAACCUUAAAGUGGAUGUGCUAUAGCAGCAAAAGACCAGGAACAUACAUACGGUGGCCGCUUUAUUGGGUAUAAAUGGUACCUGUGUACUUGUGAAGCUGACAGCCCAGUUCUGAUGAAGAUACAGACUCUAUUCAAUGUCUGACCACAAGCAAAACUCUCUCUCUCUCUCUCUCUCUCACACACACACACAUGCUCUGUUACCUGCAUGAUCCCUUGAUCAUGAAAGUGGGGCAGUUCUGAAGACCGAUAUUUCUGUCAGCUAAAUCCCCUGUGUAGGCAGUAACCAAGCUGGCAUCUGAGAAAUAUCUACCUGUUCUGUAAAACUCUUGUCUCGUGGACGGGAGAGUAUCUACAUAAGGACAACAGCUAAGAAUGUAAAUUAGAUUUAUAUGUGUACUGGUGUAAAUAACUGGAAAAUUGUAUGCUGUCUGGAAUCCGAAUAUAAUUUUACUGCUUAUCCAAGGUUUUCUCUGUAAAGUGUUCCAAUAGUAUUUAUUUUCAAAACAAAACGAUCAAGAAAUUUCUGUUUUCGAUGCCAACGUGUUCCCCUUCUGGUCGUACACCAGACCUGGUUACUUGUGUGUUUUUAACUGUUCCUAAAUUGUAUUCUACCUUGUCGGAAGGUAUUUAAUGUGAUAAUAUUAUGUUGUAGGCUAAUUUGUUCUACACGGUGAGCACAUUCUUGAAGUGCCUUAAAUUACCGCUUGUCUGAUUUAAUGUUUCCUGUCAACUUUUGUUAAUAAAAUAUUAUCAGGUGCUGACUUGCA